GUGCCAGAAAAGAGAAGACAUAAAUGACGCCCCCGUUUUGCAGCAGCAGUGGUACGGUCCGGUCUGAUCUCAGCGAUGUGGGACUACCUGGACUGAGUUGGACAGACCUCAUUAGGCCGAGGAUGGGGGUGGUGUGGGAUCAGGGUUAGAGGGAGAUUAACCACACGCAGGCCUAUAAAGCUGCGUUGUAAUCCGCACACUGCACACAAAUUCAGAGCAACAACUAUUCCACGGACAACACUUUUCCUCACAAGCUUAUCUAUUUCUUUUUUUGAAGCCUCACAGAGCAUAUUAAAAAAGGAAGAAGGACAUUUUCAUAUUUUGGAUUUAUCACAGCUUCAUACCUUAAAAUAUAUAUAAAAGGGACAUCUGAACAGUCCUCAUCAUCAUCAGAGAUACAAAGGAGCAAUAAGGGAAAAACCAUGAAAAAGGAAAAGCAGGUAGGCGACAACAAUGAGCCUCCCAGUUAUCAGGAGGCGACAGCAGGCUAUGAGGAGAUGCAGGCCCAGUUCUCCUGGGACGACAAGACCAUCAGACGGACUUUCAUCAGGAAGGUCUACGCCAUUCUCAUGCUCCAGCUGUUUGUCACUGUGGGAGUUGUUUGUCUCUUCACAUUCUGCGCACCAGUGAGGUUUUACAUUCAGACCCAUCCCAGCCUGUACAUGGCAUCUUAUCUCAUGUUUUUUGCCACCUACAUUGCACUGUCCUGCUGUGGAGACCUGAGGAGACAGUUUCCCUGGAAUGUCAUUCUGCUAGUUCUCUUUACUUUGAGCAUGUCCUUCAUGAUGGGAUUUGUGUCGAGCUUUUAUAACACCAAGUCAGUGGCGCUGUGUCUGGGAAUCACAGCUCUGGUGUGUCUGUCUGUCACCAUCUUCAGCUUCCAGAGCAAGGUUGAUGUCACGUCCUGCCAGGGCAUCCUGUUUUCGCUGUGCAUGGUCAUGCUUCUCUGUGCCAUCACCCUCUCCAUUGUCGUCCCAUUCGGAUAUGUUCCCUGGUUACAUGCCAUCUAUGCAGUGCUAGGAGCCAUCCUUUUUACUCUGUUUUUGGCAUUCGACACCCAGCUGCUCCUAGGGAACAAGCGCUACACUAUAAGUCCAGAGGAAUAUGUUUUUGCCACUCUCAGCCUCUACCUGGACAUCAUCUACCUGUUCUCCUUCCUGCUACAGAUCAUGGGGGGAGGCCGCGACUGAAGCAUGUCAAGCACUAAAUGCACUUUUUGAACUCAAAAAGCAACAAGCUCAACAAGCAACCUGGAUUCAUCUUCCCUCAGAAUAAGUCAACAUCAGGGCUUUAUGUGUUUUGAUUAGAGCAAUCUGUCGCGUCUUUGCUGGUAGUUACGCAAUCUCUUUUGUCGCUGUGCCCUAACACAAUCCACACCUUCCAGUUUUUCUCUGUAGGCUGGCAAUCCUGUUUAGAGGUUUGUGAAUUGCUCUGGGGGUCUACUGACACCUCCCCAUCCAAAAGUGUGUGUUUAGUCCAUCAGGCUCAGAAGUGGAUAAAAGCUACAAACACAAGAGAGAAAUCAACUUCAUCCAUCACUGUUUAUCCGUCACUGAGCCAAUAGUGGAUAUUCAGGGAAUCUGCACUUUCAAGCUCAGCAGGGUUGAGUUUGCUUUUCUGUUUGGUGAACAAUAUGUAGGUUUAUUUUCAUACUUGACAAGUUCAGUGUUUUGUAUGUGUGUUCUGUACAUGGACAUUGAUGCUCUGAGGGGGAAAUACGGUGUUAGGGAAACCUCAAAUGAUAAAAAGAUCCAAAGCUAACAAAGGGAAAGUGCAUACAAUACUAAAAGUUAUUAGACAUGUUUCAAUCUGUAUUGUAAAUAUAAUGUGGCCUUUCAAGUGUGACAGACGUACAGAAUAUUUUAGGAAUACAUGUGUUUUAUGAUUUAAUUGUGUAGUGAAUUAACUAUUCUUUAAAUAAUUUUUUUCUAUAAAAUGUGCAGUGGAAUUAACUUACUACAGUUUUAUUUUUAAAGUAUUUUGGAAUUUUAGUCUUCUACAAACUUGCAAACAGUAAAUGGAUUUAGAAAAUGUACAGAUUAUAAAGUGGUUAUUCAGUUUUGACCUACUGCAAGAAUAGCUGUAAACAAUGUGGCCCAACAGUUACCAGUUAAAAGAUAGGCUCACCCAGAUGUUGAAACAAGGCUUUUAUUAAAAAAAGAAAAACUGACAUAUUCAAAUUCAAAGAGAAAACCCAGAAAGAAGUAAAAUCUUAUUUCAAUCAAUAAAAAAAAACAAAAGUUACAGACAAUUUAGCAACUCUGGCACAGGAAGACAAAAGUAGCCAAGUGGCAUUUGCAAAAAAAAAAAACAAAUAUCAAAACCUCUUUCCUCUAACAAAA